GAACACAAAGAACCAGCUUUUACAUUCUUGUCUCCCAUAAACCAAUCCUCCAUAAAUAUACUCUUCUCUUCACUUUCCUUUACUUCCCAUCACCACUCUCUUUUCCUUACACCUUCUUUUCCUAUUUUCUUGAGCCCAGUGUCUUUUCCCACUAAAAAGCUCCUAACUUUGCCUAAAACUCAAUUCUCAAUCCAUUACCCUUCAACAUUUAUCCAUUUUCAACCUCCAAUCUCAAAUGGGUUAAUCCUACUUUCCCCUUAAACCUUUCAAAAACCCCAUUUUCCCUCCAUUGUUAAACCAUCUUACAAGCUUACAACCAUCAAAACCAACCCAAAAACUUACUUUUUUCCCCUUAUAAACAAAACCCAUCAAACAUCUUCCUCUAAAAUCACAAAAAGAUGAUAACCUGGCUAGAUUUAUACCAUGUUAUGACAGCAGUUGUUCCUCUUUAUGUAGCCAUGAUCUUAGCUUAUGGUUCAGUAAAAUGGUGGAAAAUUUUCACACCUGAUCAAUGUUCAGGUAUUAAUAGAUUUGUUGCACUUUUUGCUGUUCCUCUUCUUUCUUUCCAUUUCAUUUCAACAAAUAACCCAUAUGCAAUGAACUAUCAUUUCAUAGCAGCUGAUACUUUACAAAAACUUAUAGUUUUAUGCAUCUUAUUUUUAUGGGCUAAACUUAGUUCUAAUGGGUCUUUAGAAUGGUCUAUUACCCUUUUUUCCCUUUCAACUCUUCCAAAUACCCUAGUAAUGGGAAUUCCUUUAUUAAAGGGUAUGUAUGGGGAUGAUUCAGGUACUUUAAUGGUACAAAUUGUGGUUUUACAAUGCAUUAUUUGGUAUACUUUGAUGUUGUUCUUGUUUGAAUAUAGAGGGGCUAGGUUAUUGAUUUCAGAACAGUUUCCUGAUACUGCUGGUUCAAUAAUUUCAUUUAAAGUUGAUUCUGAUAUUAUAUCCCUUGAUGGGAAAGAACCAUUAGAGACUGAAGCUGCAAUUGGGGAAGAUGGGAAACUUCAUGUAAAAGUAAGGAAAUCAACAAGUUCAAGAUCAGAAGUUUUUUCAAGGAAUUCCCAUGGAGUUUCUUUGACUCCAAGACCAUCUAAUUUGACUAAUGCAGAGAUUUAUUCACUCCAAUCUUCUAGGAAUCAAACUCCAAGAGGGUCUAGUUUUAAUCAUACUGAUUUUUACUCUUUUGUUAAUGGUAAGGGUUUGAGUAGUGUGAGUCCUAGGACUUCUAAUUAUGGGAAUUUGGGUUUUGAUGAAGAGAAUGGUGGUGGUUGUGUUGGUGGGGGCCCACAAUUUGGAGCCAAAGGUGGGACCCAAGGUGGUGGUGGGUAUCCAGCUCCACCAAGUGCUGGAAUUUUCUCCCCUGGUGGAGGGCCCACUGGUGGAAGAAGUGGUGGUGGAAAGAAUAGUAAGAAGGGUGGUGAUGGUGGAGGAGAAGAUCUUCAUAUGUUUGUUUGGAGUUCAAAUGCUUCACCUGUUACUGAAGGUGGUCUUCAUGUGUUUAGAGGUGGAGCUGCUUAUAAUCAUGAUCAUGGGACUCUUCCUAAUACCAAAGAUUAUGAUGAUUAUGGAAGAGAUGAGUUUAGCUUUGGGAACAAAAAUGGUGGUAACGGCCUUGAAGUCGAUGGCCCGACGCUGUCAAAGCUUGGUUCGAGCUCAACCACCGAGCUUCGGCCUAAAGCCGCUACUCAUGUUGAAGCAAAACCUACUUCCAUGCCCCCUACUAGUGUGAUGACUAGGUUGAUAUUGAUCAUGGUUUGGAGGAAACUAAUUAGGAACCCUAACACAUAUUCAAGUGUCAUUGGCCUUGCCUGGUCCUUGAUAUGCUUCAGGUGGCACGUUGAAAUGCCUGCAAUUGUGGCAAAUUCAAUCAAAAUUCUCUCCGAUGCUGGGCUCGGAAUGGCUAUGUUCAGUCUAGGUCUCUUUAUGGCAUUGCAGCCAAAAAUCAUUGCGUGUGGAAAUUCAGCGGCUACUUUUGCUGCAGGCGUAAGGUUCAUCACAGGGCCGGCUGUAAUGGCGGCUGCAUCCAUUGCAGUCGGGUUGAGAGGAACCCUCUUACACAUUGCCAUUGUGCAGGCUGCUUUACCUCAAGGCAUCGUCCCAUUCGUGUUUGCCAAGGAGUACAAUGUUCAUCCCGCAAUCCUUAGCACGGCGGUGAUAUUUGGGAUGUUGAUAGCAUUACCAAUCACAUUGGUAUAUUACAUAUUGUUGGGACUUAUGAGAUGAAACACCAACUAGCCAACAACAUCAGCAAAGCCAUGAUCAUUAAAGGAGAUGCUUAAGCAGCCCCACUUUACAGUAGAUUCUUACCUUUUGCCAGUUCUUUUUUUUUUUUCUCAUUUUUGGAAGCCUUUUUUGUAAUUUAUUAUUAUUAUUUAAGGAGAAAUUCAAGGAAAUAGAAGAGUUGGAAGGCAAAAAAAAAAAAAGAAUGAAAAUGAUGGUAAUGAGACAAUUUUCUCUAGGAAAACAAAAAAGAAAAACAGAUGGAGGGAGACUAGUGGCAUAGUAGGGGAAUUUUUAGGGUUUUUGGUGUUAUUGUGCCUCCCAUUAGAUCUGAACUUGGUGCUUUUUGAGGCCCUUUUGAGCUCUUUGGUGAACAAAAAACGUAAUAAAAUCUUAGUAUGUAUUUAAAAGUUUGUUUUUACACAAAUUAUUAUAAUAAGACGGUCUUUCUCUGUUUCA